AUGCGCCCUGACCCUCUGGCCAAGGACCCGUUCACCAGUGUGCGUGUCACGGCUAAGUACCAUGGGAUAAAGCUGGAGUACCAGGAGCACCGGCACGUGGCCCUGAACCUCCUCAAUACCAUCAAGACCAAACUGAAGCUGUGGAGGAGGCCCUACCUCUCCUCUGAAGGAGUGCGCCUCCUCCUGCAGGAGUGGCAUGGGCUCUACAUCUUCCUCACCGCGUGUCUGUGCGACCGCAUGGUGCGUGAUGGACUGAGACGUUACUUCAGUAAGAAAUCUGCAGAGAAGUCCAUCAGUUCCAGUGUGAGUCAGUCCAGUCUGAAGAAGAAGUGA